CUUGCCUCGCACUGCCCAUGACUGGAGCGAUUGCCAUGGAUGGCGGACCACGGCGCCUUGCCGCCACGGCUCCUCACUGCGGCGCAGGCAGCGCGGGCGGCGCUGGCCGCGGCAGGCAAGUCCGUGGGCGCACCACGUGGCGAAGAUCGUGGAGGGCGCAUCGCGGACAUUGGAUGCUACGUGGGGAACUUGGCCAUCUACUUGGUGCGCGGAGGUGCCUCAGUGGUGGCCACAGACGUUUGCCGCGGACCGUUGGAGCUGGCACGACAGAAAGCAGACCUACUCAGCGACGACGAGCUCUCACGUUUGGACUUCCGGCUGGGCGACGGCUUUGGGCCGUUCACUCCCGACGAUGACAUUACGGUCGCGUGCCUCUGUGGGUUGCCGUCAGGCCAGUUGCUGCAGCUUUUGGACUCGAAGCCCAGCUUCAUCCGAUCUUUGGUGUUGCAGCCCACCUGCCCAACCGCUCCAGAGGCCAUGGUGGCAUUGCGCAGCUGGCUGCUGGAGAGGGGCUGGCGCUGGACCGAGCAGCUCCGAAGCGAGACAGGUGGGGCCUGUUUGACACUGGCGGCCCAAGUGGAACCUGAGCAAGCAGCUACUCAAGAGCUUGGAGCAGGAGGUGAGCACAGCGUGUCGCGCACCGCUCGACUGUUGCCGAUGGACGUGCGGUCCCGUGUGCAUGAGAAGCUGCGUGGAGACGCCCAGGAUGAGGAGACUUUGGCAUAUCAACAGCUCUUGGAGGAGUAUCGUGAGCGAAUUGCUCGAUCCACAUGGAUGUCAGAAGUCAUUGAGGAUGAGCUCCAAGCCAUCAAGAUGAGUGCUGAAUCGCAAAAGUUCUUCCGCCGGUGGGACACUCAUUUGCAGCACGAGGACCUUCACCUCCCGUACGGCGAGAUCCUCCUCCACUGUGGCGAUGUGUUGCUGGAGAGCAGAGGUCUGCAGGCCAGCGCCCUGGAGGCCUUGAGGAGCUUUCAUCGUUGGAUCGAGCAGCAACCGCAUCAGCAUAAGUUGCUGGUGGCCGGGAAUCAUGACGGUGUGUUGCAAGCACUGGGCCCGGAACGUGUACAAGAAGUCCUGCCAAAGUGCACUUACUUGCAGGAUCAGGGCAUCGACUUGGAAGGCCUGAAGCUCUAUGCGUCGCCGCUGUCCAUGGGACAAAGCCCAAACGCCGCUUUUCAGAGCCAUGGUGGCUAUGAUGAACGCGCUGCAUGUGAAGCCAUUCCAGAAGGCCUCGACCUCUUGAUCACCCAUGGCCCCGCUGGACAGGGAGCCCUGGGCCGUGCCAGCGCAGCACUGGCGGAGCGCAUCUGCAGGGUGAAGCCUCGCGUGCACGUCUUCGGACACUACCACCUGGGUCAUGGCAUUUCUUUGCAGGAGGUGAUUGAAGUCAACGCGUCCUCUGCGGACGCGCUGUUCGCAGUGACUCAUCCACCAAUCAUUUUGGAUAUCCAGCCGCGCCGAAGGGCACAAAAGGAGCCGAAAUGCUAA